AUGGUCGGGUCUCAGCGAUCUGCCAUACCCGCCGAAUCCAACGACGUUCCACCGUCUACACCACCUGACACCUCCGCCGAUGAUGAAGCCGACGACGAACCACAUCCCAGCGGCCGAGAUACCACUCUUGUCUUUGAGGGAACUAAGGUCGCCAGUCGCAAAGGAGUUCUUGAGCUCUGUCCCCUCUAA